UGCAUGCAGUUGUUGGACAGCAGUACCAAACUCUGAGAUCAGGGAGGGGGCAACAUUUACUCUGUAGGGUACAGCUGGACAGCAUCAACAAGACUCUCCAAAACGGUCACACAUGUACUCCCGUAUCAGUUAAAGCCGGCUGUACCGCUCCGACUCCAUGUUUUUCGAUUCAUUUGCUCCUUGAUUCCUUCAUCGUGGAAGGGAGGUGAUUCUCCUCGCCGCCAUUUUUAGGGAACUGCCUAUCGAUGAGAGAAACUUUGCUAGCUACUAACGUUAGCAGCUAGCUAGUUGGCCAGUAUCCUGCCCUGCCUGCCUACCGUUGUGACAGUUAACGCUUGACAGUCGUUAGCCAGGUCAGCUUGCCUCACGUUGGUAUAAAUUAUUCCUGCAGCUGGCAAUAUACAUGACAAAAACAACGGUUACUGCUGAGAAUAAUUUAGCUCGACUUGAAGUCAGCGUGACAGUCUAUAUUGGGUAGGGCAAUUGUGCGGUUAGAUUAGCGAGUUAGCAUUGCUAACUUAUUAGCUAGCGAAUUCACACUUUGAUUUCUCUGGGCUGCAUUGCCUCGACUGUGAUUUGGUGUCUGCCACUCACUGCCGUGUUCAGGGUGACUGGAUUAACCAGCCGUUAUACCCCUCUUCUCAACCUGUGUGGAUUCAUUUUGACCAGGUGCCCAUGUGCUGGUUCCUUAGGCCCAUCCAUUACUGCAGAUGAAUCUUCAGCUGCUUUGGCGUAGCUCAGCACCCAGAUAGUCCCAUCCCCUUUGCGUGGGUGAUAAGGGACUACAUUAACCAGGAUGCCCUCCUCUGUAAGGGCAGGGAGCCUGAAGGAUCCGGAGGUUGCUGAGCUUUUCUUCAAAGAAGACCCAGAGAAGCUUUUCUCUGACCUCCGAGAGAUUGGCCAUGGCAGCUUUGGCGCUGUCUACUUUGCACGGGAUGUGCGCACGAAUGAGGUGGUGGCCAUUAAGAAGAUGUCUUACAAUGGCAAACAGUCUAAUGAGAAAUGGCAGGACAUUAUAAAGGAAGUGAAGUUUCUCCAGAGGAUCCGGCACCCCAACAGUAUAGAAUACAAAGGUUGUUACCUCCGUGAACACACAGCAUGGCUGGUGAUGGAGUACUGUCUCGGCUCAGCCUCCGAUCUGCUAGAAGUUCAUAAAAAACCUUUACAAGAAGUAGAGAUUGCUGCCAUUACACACGGUGCUCUGCAGGGGCUUGCCUACCUUCAUUCCCACAAUAUGAUUCACAGGGAUGUGAAGGCAGGUAACAUUCUGCUGACUGAGCCUGGGCAGGUCAAACUGGCAGACUUUGGCUCUGCCUCCAUUGCCUCACCUGCCAACUCAUUUGUGGGAACGCCAUAUUGGAUGGCCCCAGAGGUGAUUCUAGCUAUGGACGAGGGCCAAUAUGAUGGGAAGGUGGAUAUCUGGUCCUUAGGGAUCACCUGUAUAGAAUUAGCGGAGAGGAAGCCUCCCUUGUUUAACAUGAAUGCAAUGAGUGCCUUAUACCACAUAGCGCAAAAUGAGAGCCCCACACUGCAAUCAAGUGAAUGGACGGAUUACUUUAGAACCUUUAUCGAUUCUUGCCUUCAGAAAUUCCCCCAGGACAGACCACACUCUGACGACAUGCUGGGUCAUGCGUUUCUGCAGCGUGAACGUCCAGACUCCGUGCUAAUGGAUCUUAUUCAGAGGACCAAGGAUGCAGUGCGAGAACUGGACAACCUGCAGUACCGCAAGAUGAAGAAGAUCCUCCUUCAGGAGGCCCACAAUGGACCCACAGCAGAAGCCCAGGAUGGAGACGAGGAGCUGGAGCCGGGCGGAGGUCGGACAGGAACGGUGAACAGUGUAGGCAGUAAUCAGUCCAUCCCCAGCAUGUCCAUCAGUGCUAGCUCCCAGAGCAGCUCUGUCAACAGUCUGAACGAAGCGGCUCAGGACAGCCGCAGCGAGCUGGACCUGAUGGAGGGAGACCACACAGUCAUGUCCAACAGCUCCGUUAUACACCUCAAACCGGAAGAAGAGGAGAGUUUCUCUGGGGAGCAGGCAGCCACCAGUCAACCCUCUGAGCCACAGCCAACACCAGCUCAGGCCCCGAGGAAGCACUACCGCAACAGAGAGCACUUUGCCACCAUACGCACAGCGUCACUCGUGACCCGUGAGAUGCAGGAACAUGAGCAGGACUCGGAGCUGCGGGAGCAGAUGUCGGGAUACAAACGCAUGAGACGGCAACAUCAGAAGCACCUGAUGGCCCUGGAGAACAAGCUGAAAGGGGAGAUGGAUGAGCACAGGCUGAGGCUGGACAAAGAGCUGGAGAGUCAGAGGAACAACUUCACCCAGGAGAUGGAGAAGCUGCUCAAAAAACACCAGGCGGCCCUGGACAAAGACCUGAAGACGUUUACCAACGAUGAGAAGAAGUUCCAGCAGCACAUCCAGGUGCAGCAGAAGAAGGAGCUCAGCAGCUUCCUGGAGUCACAGAAGCGGGAGUAUAAACUACGCAAGGAGCAGCUCAAAGAGGAACUGAGUGAGAACCAGUCAACUCCCAAGAAAGAGAAGCAGGAGUGGCUGUCCAAGCAGAAAGAGAACAUCCAGCACUUCCAGGCGGAGGAGGAGGCCAACCUGCUGAGGAGACAGAGGCAGUAUCUGGAGCUAGAGUGUCGGCGGUUCAAACGCAGGAUCCUCAUUGCAAGACACAAUGUGGAGCAAGAUCUGGCCAGAGAGGAGCUAAACAAACGGCAGACACAGAAGGACCUGGAGCACGCCAUGCUGCUUAGGCAUCAUGAGUCGAUGCAGGAGCUGGAGUUCAGGCACCUGGGGACGAUCCAAAAGGCGCGGGCAGAGCUCAUCCGGACCCAGCACCAGACAGAGCUCACCAACCAGCUGGAAUAUAAUAAAAGGAGGGAGAGAGAGCUGAGGCGCAAGCAUGUCAUGGAGGUCCGACAGCAGCCUAAGAGCCUCAAGUCUAAGGAGCUUCAGAUUAAGAAGCAGUUCCAGGAGACUUGUAAAACCCAGACCAGGCAGUACAAGGCCCUCAGGAACCAUCUGCUGGAGACCACGCCCAAGUCUGACCACAAGGCCGUGCUCAAGAGGCUGAAGGAGGAGCAGACCAGGAAGUUGGCCAUCCUGGCCGAGCAGUACGACCACUCCAUCAACGAAAUGCUCUCUACACAGGCUCUGCGGUUAGAUGAGGCUCAAGAGGGGGAGUGUCAGGUUCUAAGGAUGCAGCUGCAGCAGGAGCUGGAGCUGCUCAACGCGUACCAGAGCAAGAUCAAGAUGCAAACAGACGCUCAGCACGACAAGGAGAGGAGGGAUCUGGAGCAGAGGGUCUCUCUGCGGAGGGCUCUGCUGGAGCAGAAAAUUGAGGAAGAAAUGGCUGCCCUGCAGAACGAGCGCCUGGAGCGAAUCCGUUCACUGCUGGAGCGCCAGGCCCGCGAGAUCGAGGCUUUUGACUCGGAGUCCAUGCGGCUGGGCUUCAGCAACAUGGUGCUCACUAACCUGGCUCCCGAUUCCCAGGGAGGCUGGGGGGGAGGAGGUGGAGGAGGCCAGGGGGCUCAGGGGGGAGGCCACUGGCCCGGAGGAGGUGGAGGAGGCGGCCACCAUAGUCAUCAUCACCAGGGGGGCUCCAGCUCACAGCAGCCCUGGGGUCACCCCAUGCUGGCUGGGGGCCCGCCGCCCUGGAGCCUCCACCACCCCGGAGGAGGGAGUCAGAGGGGGAGCGGGGGAGGCGCGGGGGGGGUGAGGAACAGCCCGCAGGCUAUGAGGAGGACGUCAUCAGGCGGGAGGAAUGAACAGGGCAUGAGCAGGAGCGCCAGCAUCACCUCUCAGAUCUCCAACGGAUCCCACCUGUCGUACACCUAGAACACACACACACACACACACACAAGCAACACAAUAAUUGUCUUAAAGUUUAAUUCUUGUGCACCGAGGUAACACUGUACACAGACACACACACCAUGCAUGCACCACACAUCCUUCACAUACACUUGUUGUUAAUUCACAGUUCUUCUGACACACACUGCACAGUACUGACGCUGGGUUUACCUCAGCCCAGUUCCUCUCCCAUCACCACUGCUCUCUUACAUCAGUAUACUGCUAGCAGCAGUCUGUGGAAACCCAAGAUGGCUGAGGUCCGUAUACAGUAUGCCACAGUGCAAUAGUGUCAUAGCCUACAGUGCUAUUUUAUGUGUUUUAUAUUUGCCAUAUUAGCCUCUUUUGCUAUAGACACAAAGUAGUAUAUUCAUAUUAACUACCAUGGAGUUUAUUAUCAAAAGUUGUUUGUUUGCAGUUUGCUGUUUUAUACAUAUGUGGGGUAAAUCGGAUGCUUUCAGAUGUGGUAGCACAAUAAUGUGCUUUAUGGGAAAAUUUGCAUUCAGUGAGCAAUUUUUAGAAUAACAUUUAAACAUGUGUCCUUGUGCAAAUUCCUACAAACCACUCACAGCUCAAGAUUUAAGCACCGACAUCUUACUGAUAGAAAGUUUAAUGAGAUUAUUAUGAUAAUGAGUUUAUGUGCAAUGUUACAGAGAAAUUAGAAGGCAGAAGGUAAUGUAGGGGUCUGACUUAAGAUUGAUGAUUGAAGAACAGACAGUUUCAGAACAAACAGGUCUAGAAGAAAAAUGAAAAGAGAAAGCGAACAAAGGUUGUUGUAAGUGAGUACCAGUGGGUGUCUCCUACUUUAUAGUAGUAGCACAGGGACGGCUAAGGUGUCACGGAUAGCUAAAAGUAUGCAAUUCUGCAUUCCAUGAGCGACUUAACUGAGAAGCUUAUCCUCCACCAGAGAGUAAAUAUAACAGUGCAGUGUUUGUUCGAAACGAAAAACCGCAUACUCUGUCCUCGAUGCCACACGGGUUCGUAGCCCCCUGGUGUUAUUGUGUACUGUGAGCAGGGCUGCAAAGAUGCCAAAAGUAAGGGUGCAGAGUUAGAUUUGUCAUUAGAAUUAUUCAUGCCAACAUACUGUUAUGUGUUUAAUGAGAUUGUGCCAGAGAUGUCAGUGGAAGUUCAGUAUAAUACUAUGUGGCCAAGUAGAUGGAUGUGUUGCUGGAUUGGAGGAGAGAGAAGGCAGUGUUCAGCCUCAUUGGCUCAUCUCUUGGGUUUCCACAAGCCUCUGCCCUUCACUCACACCUGCCCAGUGGACGGCCAGUCUGAGGGAUACUGUAGCCGUAUUAGUCCACAAGCCCUCAUGACAGGGAUGGGUUUUCAGCAGCGCCUAACCUCCUACUUAGAUAGUUAAAUAGUUUCCAAACUGGUGUUCACUCUUCGCUUGUUUGCAUUAAUUUCCUGGUCUAAUUUGGCAACUGUGUUGGUCGGUGAAAGUGAUGCACUACACAGUAAAAAAAAAGAAAAAAAAAAAAGAAAAGAACUUUCUCUGACAAGUUUAACCAUGCCUGUUGGCCUACCUCUAAGUACAGCUUCACCACAGGGUGUCGUGACUUGUCAAUGACUUGCACUUUGGCACAGGCAUUCUACCCCACACUAAAUGUUAAUCAGACACAUACAUACAAAAGUAGUAGAUUUUUACUCCCCAGUCAAACCGUAUGUUCCUUUGCACACUUGGCUGAUGAAUGCAUGUACAGGGGGCACUUAGCGCACUUAGCAGUUGUUAGCUGAGUUGACUGUAAAUCAGGGCAACUCUGGGCAACUAUAUACAUCUCAGUUGCCUAAAAACAUCUGUGUGUUGUUUUUUUAUUUUUAAAAGAAGAUCAUUUUAAGGAGCUAAAGUUCAAGUGAAUGAGCAGGGAGUGUGAAAGAGGAGCUUCAGAAGCCCUCUGCUGGUUAGUGACUGCUGAAUGUCUCUUUGGGUUGAUGGGCGGUGAUGCUGUGAUCUCCGCUGCCAUGCCCCUGCAACCUUCCCCGGUCUGACACCCCGCUCUGUCUCACCCCUGGUGACCCCAAUGUCAUGUUCUGACCACCGAUCUCCCCGCUGCCCUCCACCUCCAUUUCCUCCCCUCCUGAGCCCGGUGUGGUCUUUACUCCCUCCCUGACCUAUUUGGGAAGAGCUCUUCAAGUGAAAGAAAAGAAGAAGAAAUAUAUAUAUAUAUAUAUAUAUAUAUAUAUAUAUAUAUA